AUGGUGAAGAAGCGGAGGCAGCCGGACGUCUACCAUAAGCAGAAUCUGGGCGAUGAGCUCGAGAACCCAGAAAACUUUGGCGUGCGGACCAAGCCCCGGGGCCAGAAGAGGACAAAGAACGGCGACAAUGAGGCUGCUGGCUACAACAGCGCCGAUGAGGACGUUGAGCAGAGCCUGCCAGCCGACAUCAGCCACCGCGUCCUGAGGGUGGCUCGUGAACAGGCCGAGGAGAUGGCGGCGGUGGGGUCCGGCGAGGGCGCCGGCGUGGCCUCCAAUGCGGCCUCGCUGGCAGCCCUGCGUGAGUCUGACAGCGACGAUGAGGGUGGCUUCUCCCCGGGUCCCGGCAGUGCCUGGGGUGACGAGGAUGAUCUGGAUCAGGAGGAGAUCAGCCCCGAGGAUGAGGCCGCGCUGGCCGCCUUCAUGCGCCCCGCCGGCGCAAAACAGAAGACCCUGGCCGAUGUCGUUGCUGAAAAGCUUGGCCAGGCAGGCGGCGGCACCGGGCUGACAUCUGACCCCAGCACCCGAGUCACACCCGCGGGGCUGGACGAGCGGUUGGUGGAGAUCUUCCGGGGCGUGGGCGCGCUGAUGUCGCGCUACACCGUGGGCAAGCUGCCCAAGGCCUUCAAGGUCAUCCCCACCCUGAAGAACUGGGAGGAGGUCCUGGCCCUGACCGAGCCAGAGGCCUGGAGCCCGCACGCCAUCUACCAGGCCACCCGCAUCUUUGUCUCCAACCUCAAUCAACGCCUGAGUCAGCGCUUCCUAGCGUUGGUGCUGCUCCCGGCGGUCCGCCGCGACAUCCGGGAGAACAAGAAGCUGCACUUUGCCCUCUUCCAGGCCCUGCGCAAGGCUACCUACAAGGCAGCCGCCUUCUAUAAAGGCCUGCUCCUGCCCCUCUGCUCCUACGGCUCCUGCACCCUGCGUGAGGCCGUCAUCUUCUCCAGCGUCCUGCGCCGCACCAGCAUCCCCGUCCUGCACUCCGCCGCCGCCCUCCUGCGCAUCGCUGAGAUGGAGUACAGCGGCACCAACAGCUUCUUCAUCCGCGUGCUGCUGGACAAGAAGUACGCGCUGCCCUACCGCGUCAUCGACGCGCUGGUGGACCACUUCACGCGCUUCGCGCACGAGGAGCGUGCCCUGCCUGUGGUCUGGCACCAGGCCCUGCUCUGCUUCGUGCAGCGGUACAAGAAUGAGAUCCGGGCGGAGGACAAGGAGGCCCUGCGCCGCCUGCUCAGCCGGCAGAGUCACCACCUCGUGACCCCUGAGGUGCUGCGAGAGCUGGACGCAGGGCGGUCUCGCGGUCAGAAGCCAGCGGCGGGGGAGGGGGCGGGCGCCCAGUCGCGCACCGCGUCGCAUGUGCGGGAGGACCCGGCCAAGCUCGCGCCCCUCAUCCUCAUGGAGGACUGA